AUGGCCUCUCAAAGCAACACGAGUCAAGAAACAAAAGAAAUCUACGACAAAAUUUCCUCCAAAUACGAUCUCGUUCAGUUUCACCCAAGUUACAAGUACAUCAAAGCUCCAACGUUUUUGAAGCUUUUUGAAAAUUCCUUACAACGACUCUCCAGUACUUCGACCUUUCCCAAGAUCAAGUUACUGAAUCUUGCAUGUGGAUCGGGAAAAGAUACAUUUUCAUUAUGGAAUCGAUUUCAAUCACGACUCGAAAUGAUUCUUGCUGUGGACAUUUCACCUGAAAUGAUCAAUAUUGCAAAUCAAAGCAAACAACAACGAAUGCUAAAGGAAAAUAUCUCUCAAUUACCCAUUCAUUUCAUUGUGGGAGAUGUUUUGGAAUUGGAUAAGAAUGAACAGAUAUCUCAAUAG